ACCAACUCGAUGGCACACUUAAUGGUGCAGUGGGGAAGUAGCUUGCCUAGGGAGCAAGAGGUUGCCGGUUCUAAUCUCCACUGGUAUGUUUUCCAAACUAUGGAAAACCCCUAUAUCGGGCAGCAGCAAUAUAGGAAGAUGCUGAAAGGCAUCAUCUCACACUGCACAGGAGGAGGCAAUGGUCAACCCCUCCUGUAUUCUACCGAAGACAACCACAGGGCUCUGAGGUCGCCAGGAGUCAACACUGACGCCACAGCACUACUUUACUUUAACUGGGCAAAAAGGCACUUUUUAAAAGUGGUGAUUCUCUUUGUUUAUCAGCGGGAGAACAACUGGCCCUGUCCAUCCCCAGGACAGCAUCCCUGCAGUGGCUGUUGCUGGUGUCUAUCUUAUGUUUCUUUUUUAGAUUGUGAGCCCUUUGGGGACAGGGAGCCAUUUUAUUUAAUGUAUGUAUAUCUAUGUAAAUGGCAUUGGGAACUUUGCUUGAAAAACGGUAUAUAAAUAUUCGUCGUAUUCAUAAAUAAAAAUGUGCUCCAUCAGAUCCCUGCAUCCCAAAUACUCCCAGCAAUAGGCUCCUUAAGGAUGCACAGGAUGGUGAAUCCGGAGAAGAGAAAGCCCCAUAGUGACAUGGCAGAACGGGCAUGAUUGUUUCCAGAGAGUCCCUUAAUUUUGAAAUUUUAAUGUGUCCUGGAGGGAGGGACUGAAAGCACAUGUAAGCAUGAGGCCAUGUGCCUUGGGGAAGCCAAUGGCUUCACAUUUCCAUGUGCUGGAUUCUUCUGCCUCUUUGUGCCCAGCAGGCAAACUUGUCAGACCAACUCAGAGGUCUCUCUCUCUGCGAUCUUUGCAGACUAGCGCUGCGGUUACAGCCUCUUCCCUUCCCCUCCUUGCAUGUUUUCCCACAGACCAACAGUGAAGCACCGAAUAGGAAAGCUCCACUUCUGAGCUCCUCUCCCUUCAUUCUUCCCAGAAAGCGGAUCCAGGUGUGGGGAAAGCAGUGGAAGCAGAGGACACAAGCCACAAUGCGGUGGACGGUUCCCUUCCUCGUGAUGGCCUGUGGACAAGUCUGUGGCAGCCUCAGGUGCUGAAGCCCGAGGAGCCAUGAAGAACCAUGAGCCUUCGGGGAAGAAGCCAGCAGGCACGAAGGCUCCUUCCCGGUGGCGCAGGGGCCGGUUCCGGCGGAAGGUCCCCUCUGAGGUGACUGUGAAGGGGAAGCUCCGGAUGCGCUCGCCUUCGGGGGCCUUUGUGAUCGUGGGGGUCUCCGUGGUCCUGGUGGGCAUGAUCAUCGCUGUCAUUGGAUACUGGCCCCACCGCAGUCUGCACGGGACGCGGCCCAGAGGUAGGCCAGGGAACUCCAGUGCCACCGAUGAGAUCAAGAAGGAAGUGAAGGUCUCUCCCCACCCCCUCCCUCACAGCGAGAAGCUGAAGCUCAUUGGGCCCGUGAUCAUGGGCAUCGGCCUGUUCAUCUUCAUCUGUGCCAACACCAUGUUGUACGAGAACAGAGAUAUGGAGACCCGCCUGCUGAUGCAGAGGGAGCUCUAUUCCAUGAGCCUGAGCCUCCCACAGGAUGCCAGCCAAGCGAGCAGCUACUUUCAGAGGAGGCCUACCCCGUCCACGCUCCAGGCCAACGCAGAGUGUGUGGAAGGCUGCUAUGAGGUAGACCUUUCGUCUAGUGGCUUCCAGUCCUGCUCCAGCCCUGUGAAGAAAUGGGUGAACAGCUGCAGCUCAAACAGGCUCCAGACAGCUGCCCAGUUCCUUCCCCACCAGAGCGUCUCGCCUUCUCUUUCCCUCUUGAGUGUCCGCUCAGAUGCGGGCAACUCUGUGCCCGGAAGCCUCGGCCUUUCCUUCGCUCGCGGAGCUGAGUCAGUCAUCUCUUCUGCCGUCAACGCCCUCUCGCUGCCCCUCAUUAAGCUCAAUAACUGCCUCCUGGAAAGCCAGGGGGUCUCCCGGGUGGCAGUCCGAGACUUGGAUAGCCAUCACGCCAGGUUGCCGGAGGAGAAGGAGGAGAUUCUGAGGCUCUCGUGGACUGUCGUACCCUCAGCUCUGCAAAGAGGCGAACUCAGAGACAGCCAUGUCGUCAUUGAUAUGGAGACUGAGCCUCCCUCCGCCACCUCCAUUGAGAGACUCCUCCGCCCUGAAUGUACGAAGCGAGGAUUCAGUUCGGAGACUCAGAUCCCUAAUUCGGGCCACUCCAAGUCCCUGGACCUAGGCUGCCCAGGGGUGGUUUCUGUGGCUCCCGUCAAGGACCGGAAACACAGGAGCUGGCCUCGGCUGGACCACAUCGGCCUCAUCAACUAUGCAAAACUGGAAAGGGGCGGGGAAUCCUCCGAUAGGCUUCUAGAGCAAAGUAGGGAGCUGAUUAGGGGUGGGAGCGGGCAGGCAUCUCGGGAGGUUGUCAUAGAAACCGGGUCCACGGUCUGACUCUGCACCAGGGGACCACAGUUUCGCCUAUUCUGCCAUGUCACACUGGGUGUUGCUGGGAGUGUCACACUGGGUGUUGCUGGGACAUGUGUAUAUAUCUGGAAAUGGACUGGGCAAUGAUGGUUUCUUCAGUUGAUGCCACUGAAGAGGAGGCACACUGGAUGAUACUCAAUCUGUUGGGUAUUUUUCCCCUUCAAGGGCCUGUUUCCUUCUUGCCUUACAAGAGUUUUCUUCAACCCUUCACACUCUUUAUGGGAAAUCUUCACUCUGAAGUGAAAUGGACGGAAAGUUCCAGGGGUUUUUUGGCAGCAGGGGCGGGCGGGGGACUAGUAUAACUGCGGGGGGAGCAAUGGACUGAUUUCAGAACCAAUCAACUGGUGCCUCCUAAGUAACAAAGUUCGGGUUUUUAAGUCACGAGAUUAUAUUUUGUAAACGGAGUCUCUUUCUGAGCUGUUUGAGCUCAGCUGCAAAUCGUUGCCUGUGGUCUUUUCCCCCCAGGUAGCAGAAUGGGAUUUUAUUUUUAUUUUUUUGGAGAGAGAUAUUCCUUCAGUUUUAUUGCUGAUCUCUUAACUUGGGCUCUGAGAAAGCCAAACAUUCUAAGUACAGUUCUGCAAGUUGGUGACUCCUCUUUUUCCUAACUUUUCAAGAAUCGCUGGGUAUGUGCAGCCAAAUAGGGUUAUUAAAAAGUUGCCUCGCUGCUGUGAA